AAAACGUGAUUUGUUGGGGGUCCUGAAGGACAGAGCUUGGGAACCACUGCAUCAGCAUCUUCCCAAAACUUACCUGUGCUCUUUUCUGCAUUCCUGGCAUCUCCUCCAGUGAUUCCUGCUGCUCCACUCCAUGGACACUUCCAUCUUGCUAAGACAUCGUCCAGUCAUCUAACCAAUCAGAAACAGGUAUGGCUGGCAAAGCACGAGGUAGAGGGGCAUCCUUCACAUUUGAUCUUCAAGCCAUUGGCUUUUCAAGGGGUGACUCUCUUCCCGAGACUGCAGUGCAGCCCUUGCCCUUAUUCCCACAUACAGACCACAAACCAGUUCCACUACUGGAAAGCGAAGAGCAGGAGUAUUUGCUAGCGUUAAAACAAGAGCUGCGAGGCACCAUGAAAAGAUUGCCAUACUUUAUAGGAAAAGAAUCUAAAAAGCAAAGUAUUGAAAGGUACAUUACAAAGUAUGAAACUGAAGCACAAAAAAAACUGAGUGAGGAGUGGACGCCAGAUUGGCGAAUGCUUCCGAGGGAGAUGAAAGCUACCAAGAAUACAAAGAAACGUGUGAAAAAAGCCAAAGUAGUGAAGCCCAGCAGCAGCGUGGAUGUCAUAAAGAAAAUUGAGGAACUGGAAAAAAAAGGUGAUAACGAAAAAUCUGAUGAAGAAAAUGAAAGUACAGAAAAGAAGAAGGAGGGUGAUGAUGAGGAAGAGGAGGCUGAGCUAGAAGCAGAAGAUGAAGAAGAACAAGAGGAAGAAAAUGAUUACAUUGCUUCCUAUUUUGAAGAUGGAGAUGAUUUUGGCAACAGUGAUGACAAUAUGGAUGAAGCUACCUACUAGACAUCUAUUACAUUAUGACCAUAACCACGGAUACAGUAUGGUCCUGGAAUUGUAUAUCUUUUAUUUAUUUUCAAAUUAUAAUUUGUCUCAAUGUAAAACAUGUAUGUAAAAAUAAAAAAUAAAAUAAAAAAAAGCUUAUCAUUCCAUAAUAAAUAAUAGCUAUACUGUAUCUUUUCCAUACAAGAGGGGAAAAUGUAGUCCUAUAUUUAAUUUGUGCUAUGUACUUACUGUAACUGAAGGCAGUAAAAAACUUGUACCGCAAAG